AUGAAAAAAAGCCUGGCAGUCCUGCUCCUCCUCACGGCUCUCGCCACCGGCCUCCCAUGCCACCACCUGCGGACCCAUGAUCCUGGGGAUGCACUCCAGCUUCUCCAGGACAUGACUCUGAGCACAAUACAGCCCUGCCACCUCCAAGAGCGGCCCUUCUUCCCCGACACCCUGCUCCACAGCAACCUCCGCCCGCACCAAGCCGCCGCCACCGCCCUACGCAUCCUCCAGAAUCUCUUCCACACCCUCAGCAGAAGGAGCAGCAGCCAGCACUGGCACAGCCAGGCUCGCAACGACCUCCUCAACAAACUCCAGCACCACAUCCACCAACUCGAGCAAUGCCUCCCUGAUAACGCCACGCUCUUCAAAGGACCACGCAACCCGCUGCUCACCAUCAACAAGUACUUCAGGGACAUCCACCUCUUCCUCCACGCCCACAACCACAGCGCCUGCGCCUGGGACCACGUCCGCCUCGAAGCUCUUGUUUGCUUCCAACACGUGGACAGACUCAUACGGCGAAUGAAGCACCAAGCUGCUCUGGACCCCACUAGACCCACAGAGAGCAAACAACCAUCCCCAGCCAGCACCAGUGGCCAUGGAACCCUCCAGUAA